CAAAUGAAAAAAAUAUUUCACAAUAUGUAGAUUUUUAUAAGUAUUUGCCCCUGGUAAAGCUGCUGAGUUGUGCACAACAUACAUCUCGCUCCUUCUAUGGGUUGCCUCAUGGGAUCUUGCCUUUUUUAGCAAUAAUUCAUUGAGAGCUUCUUAUCAUCCAAUGUAAAUAACAUCCGUCACUAACCGCCUGUGACUCCCUCAGCCCUAUAUACCUGUGCAGGUCUCGUACAUUGGACUCAGGUGACUACAAACAAAAGACUGUUGGGAAUACUUCCUUAGUGCUGAGGGCGGGGCGCUCGCUAUAGUCUGCAUACUAUAUAAUACCUGCCAUAGUCUUGUUUCCAGUGUGCUGACAAGAUGGAGCUGGGAGUAACAGGAACCAUAUUGCUGACACUUUGUGUCACUUUUAUCUUGUACAUCUUCACAUAUAGAAGAAAUUGGAGAAGCAAAAACUUGCCACCGGGACCUCCAACCCUUCCUGCCCUGGGGACUGUGUUGCAUGUGAGCACUACUGAAUUGCCCCAGUCCUUAGUGAAGCUCAGUAAGCAGUAUGGGCCAGUGCUUACCAUAUUUCUUGGCAAUAGCCCAAUGGUGGUCCUUGUUGGCUAUGACUGCGUAAAAGAAGCCUUUGUUGAUCAUAGUGAUGUGUUUAGUGCAAGAGGAAACACGUUUUUUGCACAUUCAGUUUUCAAAGAUUAUGGAAUUGUGCUAAGUAAUGGUGAGCGCUGGAAAAUGUUACGUCGCUUCUCACUCACCACCUUGAGAAACUUCGGGAUGGGAAAAAGAGGCAUUGUGGAGCGUAUCCAAGAAGAGUCAAAUUUUCUGGUGGAAAGGUUCAGAAGUAAUGGAGAAAAUCUGUUUGACCCAACUGAUUCAUUGCGUUUGGCUGUUUCCAAUGUCAUCUGCUCAAUUGUAUUUGGAGAACGAUUUGACUAUACUGAUGAGAAGUUCACAACCCUACUCUCACUACUGCAGGAACUGUUCUCCCUUCUGGCCUCUCCAUGGGGGAUUUUGCUCAAUCUAUUUCCGAAGACAUCAUCUUACAUCCCGGGACCUCAUAAGAAGGUCUUCACAAACCUCGACAAACUGAAAGAAUUUGUCUUGCAAGCUGUAGAAGACCACAAGAAGACUAUCGAUAUGAACUGCCCACGAGACUUCAUUGAUAGUUUCCUUAUAAAGAUGGAGGAGGAGAAGGAAAAACCAAACACCGAAUUCCACUUUGAGAACUUAUUUGGAACAGUAAUGGAUCUCUUCUCUGCUGGAACGGAAACCACCAGUACAACUCUGAAAUAUGCCCUCCUCAUACUCCUUAAAUACCCCGAUGUGGCAAGAAAGAUCCAGGAAGAGAUAGACAAUGUGAUUGGACAGAGCCGAAGUCCUGCCCCCGAGGAUCGUAACAGCCUGCCAUAUACAGAUGCAGUGAUUCAUGAGAUCCAAAGAUUUGCUGACAUAAUCCCUCUGGGAAUUCCACAUGCAGCCACCAAGGAUACAGUAUUCAGAGGAUACAACAUUCCAAAGGAUACAAUGGUGUCCCCAUUGCUGACAGCUGUUCUGAAAGAUCCCAAGUAUUUUAAAGAACCAGAAAAGUUUGACCCAGCACAUUUCCUGGAUGGUAAUGGAAACUUCAAGAACAAUGAGGCGUUUAUUCCAUUUUCUAUAGGAAAGAGGAGUUGUCUCGGAGAGGGGUUAGCGCGCAUGGAGAUCUUCCUCAUGUUGAUCACUAUACUGCAGAAGUUGAACCUGAAAUCCAAUAAAGCUCCAGAAGAUCUUGAAAUUACCCCUAAACCUGGGACAGGUGGAACCAUAGCAAGAACAUAUGAGCUUUAUGUGGAACCCCGAUGA